AUGAAUGGGAAGAGAGUAGAUAUUUUGGGCGAGGGUAAGGACCAGGAAGACGUUGGCGAUAGCAUAGAAGAAAAGUUCAAGUUUUUCUACCACUCGGUGUUUUGUAAGUUGCAUUUUUUCUGUCUUCUUCAGGCGUCUCAGUUCGACAUCUCGCCAGAAAUGCAGAAGGAUAUCAGUAAGCUGAUGACAACAAUUAGUGAGUUGGAGCGAAAAAACCUUGACCUGUCACUGCAACUGAAAAAGCAAAAUGAAGUGACUUCAUCGACGCCGUCCGAAAAAUGCUCGUUUUGUUUCUGCUUUCAUUUGAAACUUGUUGAGCUGCUGAACAACCAGCUAUUACUCGUGAACGAUCGCUGUGCAAAUCUGCAUCGAAAAAUCGUCAAGGAAGGAAGCUCUCAAACCGCUUAUAUGGAUGCGCUGAAGCACAAGUGUGAAGAUCUGGAACGGCGACUCAGCGAACAAAAAGCUAGUGUAGCAGUCGCGGGUUUGCAGAUUGAUAGUGCAACCACCGAUGAGGACUACACGAAUGUGUCUGGCUUGCAGAUUGAGCAAUGUUGUGAAGUGCUCGCAUCUGUUGAGGCACAAACCAAUCGUAUUUGCAAACAAAUCGAGAAAAUUGAUAACGCUCAAAAGGAUGAGAGGCGACGUUCAUUGUCCAAAGACAGCAGCGCAACGAUCAUUGCUGAACUAGCAAGUGUGAUAUCCGAGCUGAACAACGUUCAUCAACUACUCGAAGCACACAAAGUGACUGUUUUCUUUUUCCAGAGCACAAGAAAACACUUAAUUACCAGAAUUCCACCAGAUCCAUUUCGCGAAAAGCUGUGA